AUGACAGACAAGCUCCCUCCUAAUCUGCUGGCGCUCUUUGCGCCACGCCCUCCCUUGAGAUGGGUGCCUCCUCCCGACUACCCGCCCGAGGAGCGUAAAACUGCGCCUGUUGGAGGCGUAGCCGACUUCCUCCCGGCUCUUGCGGCAUACAAGGAUGCCGACGGCUAUGUUCCAACUGAGAGCUGGCUGCAGGCUCGCGAUCGCAAGAAGCAGGAGAAGAAGGCUGCGGUCGAAGCCUUAUUGACCGAGAUUCCGAAAGAUUACAACCCUCACGAUGAUCCAAAUAUUCGUGGCGAUGCCUUCAAGACUUUGAUCGUAGCGCGACUGAGUUAUGAUGCAACAGAGGAGGAUCUCGAGCGAGAAUUCGGCAGAAUUGGCUCUAUCGAGCGUAUCCGAAUCGUCAAGGACACCCAUGCGCAUGAAAAGGGCAACAAGAAGCGCAAACCCCAUCGAGGUUAUGCAUUCAUAGUAUACGAACGCGAGAAGGACAUGAGAGGUAAUACUAGCCACCGCUUUUCCCAUAUCAUAGCCCAGUGGGACUGCCCACUUUCCCUGAGACAGGCCCUCAAGCUUGCCUGUCUCACCCUUCCUCUCUCCCCGUAUCGUAAACGCAAAGAUCAACUCGAUGGAAUCAGCAUCAAGGGCCGUCGCAUCAAGCUCGACGUUGAACGUGGUCGGACCGUCAAAGGCUGGAAGCCUCAGCGUCUUGGCGGAGGACUCGGAGGUCGCGGAUACACCAAAGCCAUGCCCGUUAGGCCUACGGGACCUGGCGGUUUUGGCGCACCUCACGGUGGCUUCCGUGGGGGUCGCGGUGGGUUUCGACGAGAGGGCGGUGGCUUCAGAGGUGGCUUCGAUCGCGGUCCUAGAGGCGGCGGGUUCGGUGGGCCGCGCGGUGAUCGCGGCUUUGGUUCGCAGAAUGGCUUCAAUGGUCCUCCGCCUAACGCGCCAGGUGGGCCAGGCUUUGGUGGCGGCGAUAGAGGUGAUAGAGGUGACAGAGGCGGCUACGGUGGUCGAUCCGAUCGCAGAGACUUCUCAAGCGGUGGGUAUGAUCGUCGUGGAGGCGGCUCAUUUGAAGACAGAUCCGGCGGCGGCGGCGGCGGCUACCGUGGCAGCGACCGCUCAGGUUCCGGCAGCAAUGCAGAGCCCAUCGGCGCCCGACAGAAUGGUGGGUAUCGCGACAGAGACUACGGUCGCCGAGAUGAUGACUCCCGCAAACGACCAUUCGAGGGCGGCCCUGGUUACGAAGAACACCGAAAGAUCCGCCGAUACUAA